AACGCCGGACGAGGCGGAAGAGGAAGUGCGCUUGGCUGGGCGCAUGCGCACUAGGUCUCAGGGGGUGGCAGACGCAUUCACCUUCCUCCUGCGGCGGUGAAGGAAGCGAAGGAGCUCAGCUGCUUCCGGAGGCGCCCCGGCUCGGCCCUGCGUCCCAGAUAGUUGAACAAUCAAAAUGGAUUUCUCACAGCUUCCUAAAAUCCGCGAUGAAGAUAGAGAGAAUGCCUUUGGCUAUGUCUUUGGAGUCUCAGGACCUGUUGUCACAGCCUGUAACAUGUCAGGUGCAGCUAUGUAUGAGUUGGUUCGUGUUGGUCACUGUGAACUUGUAGGAGAAAUUAUCCGAUUAGAGGGUGACAUGGCAACUAUCCAGGUGUAUGAAGAAACCUCUGGUGUUUCUGUAGGAGACCCUGUACUCCGCACAGGCAAACCACUUUCUGUUGAGCUUGGCCCUGGUAUAAUGGGAGCCAUUUUUGAUGGAAUCCAAAGGCCUCUGACAGAUAUCAGCACCCAGACUCAAAGUAUUUACAUCCCAAGAGGAGUAAAUGUGACAGCUCUCAGCAGAGAUCUCAAAUGGGAUUUCUCACCUGUCAAAAACCUGCGGGUUGGCAGUCACAUCACAGGUGGAGAUAUUUAUGGCAUCGUGAAUGAGAACUCGCUUAUCAAACACAAGAUCAUGUUGCCCCCACGAAACAGGGGUACUGUAACAUAUAUUGCUCCACCUGGGAACUAUGAUGCAUCUGAUGUUGUGUUGGAGCUGGAAUUUGAAGGAGUGAAGGAGAAAUUCACUAUGGUCCAGGUCUGGCCUGUUCGUGAAGUACGUCCUGUCUCUGAAAAGCUACCUGCCAAUCAUCCCCUUUUAACUGGUCAGCGAGUCCUUGAUGCACUCUUUCCGUGUGUUCAAGGAGGUACAACGGCAAUCCCUGGGGCCUUUGGCUGUGGGAAAACUGUGAUUUCUCAGUCUCUGUCCAAAUACUCCAACAGCGAUGUUAUUGUCUAUGUUGGCUGUGGAGAACGAGGAAAUGAAAUGUCUGAAGUGUUGAGAGACUUCCCAGAGCUCACCAUGGAAGUUGAUGGCAAGAUAGAAAGCAUUAUGAAGAGAACUACUCUUGUAGCAAACACUUCCAACAUGCCUGUUGCUGCCAGGGAGGCUUCCAUCUAUACUGGGAUUACCUUAUCUGAGUACUUCCGUGAUAUGGGCUACCAUGUCAGCAUGAUGGCUGACUCCACAUCCCGAUGGGCUGAGGCCCUUCGGGAAAUUUCAGGGCGUCUUGCUGAAAUGCCAGCUGAUAGUGGUUAUCCAGCCUAUCUUGGUGCCCGCUUGGCCUCUUUUUAUGAAAGGGCUGGUAGAGUUAAGUGUCUUGGCAACCCUGAGAGAGAAGGGAGUGUCAGCAUUGUUGGGGCUGUAUCUCCUCCUGGUGGUGACUUCUCUGACCCAGUCACUUCGGCUACUCUGGGCAUUGUUCAGGUGUUCUGGGGCUUGGAUAAGAAGCUUGCUCAGCGUAAGCAUUUUCCGUCUGUGAACUGGCUCAUCAGCUACAGCAAAUACACACGUGCUCUGGAUGAGUAUUAUGACAAGCAGUUUCCAGAGUUUGUCCCCUUGAGGACUAAAGCAAAGGAAAUCUUGCAGGAAGAGGAGGAUCUUGCGGAGAUUGUACAGCUGGUGGGGAAGGCUUCCUUGGCAGAAACAGAUAAAAUCACAUUAGAAGUGGCCAAGCUCAUAAAAGACGACUUCCUACAGCAAAAUGGCUAUACACCGUAUGACAGGUUCUGCCCAUUUUAUAAGACUGUGGGGAUGCUGUCCAACAUGAUUGCGUUCUAUGAUAUGGCACGUCGAGCAGUUGAGACGACUGCCCAGAGUGACAAUAAGAUUACUUGGGCCAUUAUCAGAGAGAACAUGAAUGAGAUCCUCUACCGACUCACAUCUAUGAAAUUCAAGGACCCAGCGAAAGAUGGCGAGGCAAAGAUCAAAGCAGAUUAUGCACAGCUUUUUGAAGAUAUGCAGAAUGCAUUCCGCAGUCUAGAAGACUAGAGGGCAUUCUUCUGGGAGCGCCACCUGAUUGUGUUCCUUCUGGUUUUCCUGAUAAUAGAAGAUGUACAUUUUGUUGAAAAAGUAUCUUUAAUACAUUCCUGUUCAGUUUAGUAGCUCGAUGUGUGAAUGUGAACCUGUGCUUAAAGCUAUAAAGCAUAUUUCACAAUGGUUCCUGUAAUCUGAAGUGGCAGCCAUUAGAUUUGACCUCUCAGCGGACAGUUUCUCUCUUUUUGGAAGAGAACUAAGGGAGUCAAAGCAUACAUGGGAAGGAAAAAAUCAUGCUGAUGUAUUGAGAGAAUAAAAGAGUAGCUGAACCUGGUUUCUAAUUAUAUUUUAAGUAAUCAAGUUCUAACGCUUGAGAGAGAGGAUUUAUUUAUUGUAUUUUGAAGCUGCUCUUGCCACUAUUAGAACACAAACACUGUAGCUAAAAUUACUUUCCUCAUUUCUCCUUCAACCCACCCUCGUUUCAGCAAGAGUGCUAAAAAUCCCCAGAACUGCUGGACAAAGGUGUGUGCAAGAGGAACAGCAACUCUUCUGUCCAGAGGUUCAACUAGUUUUCUUUAAUUAUGGAUUUUAUUUGUUUUCAAGAUCAGGCAUUCUUACAACUGUCACAGAAAUAUGUCUUUCCCUUCUUCCUAAAACCUCCCAUGCUACAAGACAUCUGCUUAAGUAUUUUUAUUUUUUUCUCACGUGCAAAGUGCAUGACACUGUGGACCAGUCACCCAGACUUUUUUUCCUUGCAUUGUUUACAUUCUGGCACAAUCCAUACACUUAUUACAACAAAUGUGGGAGCUCAAAAUAUUUUGUUUGGCUCUUUGGUCAAAACAAAAGAAUUUCCACAAAAUUACUUUCAUUACUCUUUCAGUGAAAUAGCUGUUCUUAACUUUGUUGGAUAAGAGACUAUCUUUGCCUAAGGCUUUCAGUUUACAGAGCUUGCAACUCUGAUUUGAAGGACGUUCCUGCUGCUUCUCUGUCAAUGAUCCAGCUCAGCCUGCUUGGGUAGACAUAUUUUCUUACCUCGAAUCAGCGAACUAUUAUUUCUGGUUCCCAUAUGUAAUUCCAAUAAUAAAGAACGGAAACUUAUGACAAAAAAUAAUGGUGCCCUGACACAGCUCAAACUCCUUGCAUUAGAAGCAUCUUAGUCUUCUACAGUUACAGUUCGACUUCCAAGUUGUACUUUUCAAUACUGAACUGGAAUCAAGUAGGCAUGCCCCAGAUGUUUGCAUUGACUGUUUUUGCAAAACGGCUUCUACUGUGGAACUAGAUCAGUGUAGGCUUGGAGAACACAGAGAUAAUGUGAGACUUUUCUCUCAUUGCUUUCAAAUAAAUGGCAGUUAAUCAUUGAAACCACAUCUUAAUUUCUUACCAUUUCUGCAUUAAAAGUGUUAAUUAACUUAUUUGUGUUUCUGCAGAGUGGUGUACGAAUGAUUAGUGUGAAGCUUUCUCUUACUUAACUCCUUAUUGACUGUAUUGUAUCGUAUGUAUGUAGCAUUUCAUGUCUCCAAAACUACUAUUAACUGGCUUUCAGAGGCUGUGGGGCUUUUUACAAAAGAAGCCUAAUAACACAGCUAUUUAUUGUUUGGUAAAAUAACCUACCUGGAACUAGCAGUUGUUUCAUAUUUUGUCUCCUUGUGUUGUAUCUAUUUUCAGUGUUAGAAAAGCAGAUGUUCACUGUAUUGCUGCAAACUGAUUCAUGAAAAAGUAGAAGGAAUGAUUGAGGGAGAAGGAAAGGACACUGUUAGUACAUUAUAUUUGUUGUUAGAAAUUGUGUACAAUUGUUCAAAUCAAUGAAAAUAAAAAGGGUGAGAAUAUA